GACUUGCAGUCAUAUCUUUCUGACCUGAGUAUUUUCCUGGGAAAUAAAAGUAAAAAGAUUUACAUUUUGGUGGACAACCGGCCAUGGUUGCAUACUGGCACCAGAUCUGCUCAUUUCUGGCAACUAAUGGUUACAAAGUCCAGGCUCUCCCCUUUUGCAAACACGAAAAGUCGAGAGGAGAAAAAAAAGCAGAAGCAGGAGGAGGAGGAGAAGAAGCCUAAAGAGGCGUGUUCACAACCUAACGAUAAAAAUUUGAAGAAGCUUAAGAAAUGGUUCUCGUUGAUCGAUGCGACGACAUUUUCGAAGAAGAAAUUACCCGCAAAGAAACUGCAGAGCUCUUUGUUUCUAAACAAGCAGCUGCACAAGACACUGUACGGUUUUAUCGUGUUUGAAGUUGAAUGGGCUAAUGUAAGGGGUAUCAAUUACUUGAAUGAGCUACAGACAGACACGUCUCUUGCUAUUGAAGCUAAGUUGAUGCGAAGGUGGGAGUUUGAGAGCAUCGAUCAAGCUGUAGCAAGUAUGCCUCAGUGGUUCUCUGGAUCAAAAGCUGAAAGGUCUUGCUUGAGGGAAUAUCUUGAUACAACUAUAGGAGAGGUCUUUCAUGACGCUGAAGCGGAUUUCUCAAAAGCUUCUCCCGUUGACGAUGAUGACAAUGUUUCUAUUGAAAAUGACUCUCCUUGCUGCUCCAGAAGUGUCUUCAGCGUCGACCAUUCUACUGCGCCUUAUGAUGAAAACGAGCCUUACACCCCGCCUUUGACUGGACCAUACAAGAGAAGAAGAGUGACUAAGGCAAUCAGCACCGGAGUUGAAGUUGAUUAUAUGGAGGAAACACCCAAAAGAAAAGAUAACUCGUUCGACCACUGGGAAAGCCAUGUACCUGAUGCUGAGGAGAAGAACGUCAUUGAAGCAACUCAGUAUAAAGAUGUCCUAGUUCUUGUUAGGUUCGGUGACCGUGACGUCCCCUUCAAAUUGCGAGAGGUUAUAAUGGCUGACAUACGCUUGCUUACUUUACUUGAAGCUGGCCUCCCUUCGUGGGUCUUGUUUCUGCAGUCUUAUCCCGGUUUCUGCCAUCUUUAUCGACCCUGGAUGUGCCUUUUCGCCAGAGCACUAUACGUGAUGGUAUCAGUCAUCACCGUUGUGAUCGGUUUUUAUGACCUGUACAAAAAUGUCCCCGUUCUGAAGGCCACUGCAUCUCGGCUAUGCGGGCCACUCUUUGAUUGGAUUGAAACAUGGGACAUGGUCUCGCGGAUAAAGUACUUGGGAACGAUGUUGUUUCUUCACAACUUUCAGAAAGCUGUCAAGUGGGCUCUGACCAUGGCACGUGCGAUGCAGUCGUUUGUUUCUUUGCUCGUAAUGCCUCUGGUAAAUCCUCUCUUGGAAGUUCUUGGUUUGCUCCUACCGUUGUGGAACUCGCUGGCGGAAACAGUGGCGAGCUUGGUUUCAGUGGUUUGGAUAGUGAUCGAGGCUGGUUUCAAUCUCGUUGGGGAUGUGGUGGAAUUGGUGCUUUUGCCCAUUUGGUUUGUCGUCUCACUAGUUUGGAACGUCACAAAUACUGUGUUACUCCCUCUGUUCUGGAUCAUAUGGGAAGUGGUAUAUGCACCAUUCAGAGUGGUUGUUGCAUUGGCCAACGGUUUAGCUUUCUCCUUCUCGUACAUAUUCGAUGUUGUUGGAGAUCUAUGGCGGUAUAUGAGCAGCAUAAUGCAGCUUGCAUCAGAUUCUCAAACGGCUGUGAAGACGUAUGAAGUCUCCAUGUGGCGUACACUUUGGAACGACCUAUUUUCUCAUGUUUUUCGUGCUGUCAGGAGUAUAUUGAACGGGUUUGUAGCCUUCUUUGCUGCCUGUAACAGACAUCGGCUUAGUAUAUAUAAUCACAUACAAGAGUUUAUACAGAGAGUACAUGGACGAACCUCGAGAUCAGACUCUACAGACUCGAAACAUGGCAGGUCUGCUAAGAGUCAUCAACGUACAGGUGACGAUACACGAAGGAAAUUGCACCUUGCA